UAGCCCUUUUCGUCCAAAGGAUGGUGAAGAAAAGUUAAAACCUUGAAAUUGACUUGAUAAUUUUUCUGGGCUUCUCUUCGUGUUGGAGAUUAGGUCUUCUGUUUGAACGGGUUCUGUGCUUUGUUAACUUUGCCGAGCUGAACAUACUCUGUUUUUUUUUUCGUUAAUUGGGCAAAGAGAGAUGAUUGCGGAGAAACCCGUAUGGGUAAAACAUGAAGGAUUGCAGCAGAUAUUCUCCAUUGAUGUUCAACCAAACGGUGAACGCUUUGCCACAGGCGGUGGUGAUCACAAGGUCCGGAUAUGGAACAUGAAGUCUGUGGACACGGAUUUGCAAAACUUAGAUCCAAAAGAGAGGCUUCUCGCAACCCUUCGUGAUCACUUUGGGUCUGUCAACUGUGUUAGGUGGGCUAAACACGGUAGGUACGUGGCAUCUGGUUCUGACGAUCAUGUGAUUCAAGUCCAUGAGAGGAAGCCUGGUUCAGGCACUACUGAGUUUGGUAGUGGAGAAGCCCCAGAUGUUGAGAACUGGAAAGCUGUUAUGACUCUUAGGGGACACACUGCCGAUGUGGUGGAUAUCAAUUGGUCUCCAGAUGAUUCAAUGCUCGCCAGUGGGAGCUUGGACAACACCGUCCAUAUAUGGAACAUGCGCACUGGCAUUUGCACUACUGUUCUCAGGGGUCACUUGAGCUUGGUCAAAGGUGUUACCUGGGAUCCUAUCGGCUCCUUUAUCGCUAGCCAAUCUGAUGACAAAACUGUCAUUAUAUGGCGAACAAGCGAUUGGAGCAUGGCUCACAGAACUGUUGGUCACUGGGAAAAAUCGCUCGGAACCACAUUUUUCAGGCGACUUGGGUGGUCUCCUUGUGGCCACUUCAUUACAACCACUCACGGGUAUCAGAAGCCGAGGCAUUCUGCUCCUGUUUUAGAAAGAGGGGAAUGGUCUGAAUCAUUUGACUUCUUAGGUCACAAUGCUCCAAUCAUUGUUGUGAAGUUCAAUCAUUCAAUGUUCAAGAGAAGCACUUUUAGUGCCCAAGAAAUGAAACGAGCUGGGUGGAGCAAUGGGAGUUCCAAAUCAGGGGGGAAAGAUUUGCAGCCAUACAACGUUAUUGCAAUAGGGAGUCAAGACCGCACUAUUACCGUAUGGACAACUGCAAGUCCUCGCCCUCUUUUUGUCGCCAAGCAUUUCUUUGGCCAAAGUGUUGUUGAUCUAUCUUGGAGUCCAGACGGAUAUUCACUUUUUGCAUGUUCCUUGGACGGAACAGUGGCGUUGAUUCACUUUGAACCAAAAGAACUUGGUGUCAGGCUGACCGAUGCUGAACUUGACGAAUUGAAGAAAAAUCGAUAUGGGGAUGUAAGAGGCCGGCAAGCAAACUUAGUCGAGAGUCCAGCUCAGUUAUUACUCGAAACAGUCUCUACAAAGCUAGCCGGUGGUAAGAGGGCGGCUUCAGAUGUUCAAGCAAACCAGGUGACAACGAAACCGUCUGCAAACGCGGAGAGUACGGCAAAGAAGAGGAAAUCUCAGGUCGAUGAUCAGAAUAAGACAGACGAGGCUUGUGGUGACACAUUGAGUAAAGCGUCAACUCCAAGUCGGGUAUCUAAUCCUGUGAAUCAAAAAGUGUAUAGAAGGCCUGAUGGAAGAAAGAGGAUCAUCCCUGAAGCCGUUGGAGUUCCCCAGCAGGAUAAUAAUAUCGCCAUUAACGAGCAUUCCAAUAAUUUUCCGCCAGCUACCUCUGCUGCUCCUAGCAAGAUAAAUAGUAGAGAUUUUCCUGUGGAGCCUAGCAUCAAGGAAAUAGCGAUCAGGAACCCUGAUCUUAACAACGAGCGUCCAAGGAUUACAGCUCGUGCUACCAUUUCUGAAAGCCUUGUUAUUGAGAAGGUUCCUGGAGCCUCUGCUAGAGAUGGAGUUUUAAAUGUUGAGCAAUCUGUAGGUAUAAAGGGAUCUUCUAGCAGGGAUCUGUUGAUAAGGGUAUUUGAUUGGAAACAAGGGGAAGCCACGGCCCCUGUUUGCUUAGAGGCUUGUCCAAAGGAGCACGCUUUGGACACUGUUGGUGUAGUGAGUACAUCUACCAUCAAGGAAACGGAGCUUGUUUGCAAAAUCUCAGGUGAAACUCUUUGGUCUGAUCGGAUUAUGGGGAGAGUCACAGUUUUGGCUGGUAAUCCAAACUUUUGGGCGGUUGGGUGCGAAGAUGGAACCCUCCAGGUUUACACAAAAUGUGGAAGGCGUGUCAUGCCUACAAUGAUGAUGGGAUCUGCUGCAACAUUCAUAGAUUGUGACGAUAGCUGGAAACUGCUGCUUGUCACGAGAAAAGGAUCGUUAUAUGUGUGGGAUCUAUUUAAUAGGAAAUGCAUCCUCCAUGACUCCUUAUCAUCUUUGGUGUCUUCCGAUACCGAUUUAUCUUCUGCAGUAGAAGGUUCGAUAAAAGUCAUUUCUGUGAAACUAUCCAAAUAUGGUUCUCCGCUUGUAGUUCUAGCCACACGCCAUGCAUUCCUCUUCGAUACGAGUCUAAUGUGCUGGCUGAGAGUGGCUGACGACUGCUUCCCGGCCUCAAAUUUCAGUAGCUCCUGGAAUUUAGGCUCAGCUCCAUGCGGAGAGCUUGCUGGCUUACAGGUUGAUGUGAGAAAGUACAUGGCUAGAAAGCCAGGAUGGAACAGGAUAGCUGAUGAUGGAGUGCAAACACGUGCACAUUUGGAAUCUCAAUUUGCAUCCUCUCUUGCGUUGGAGUCUCCUAACGAGUACCGCCAGUGCCUCCUCGCCUAUGUUAGGUUUCUAGCAAGAGAGGCAGACGAGUCAAGACUAAGAGAAGUUUGCGAGAGCUUUCUUGGACCUCCUACUGGUAUGGCUGAAGCAGCAACCUCAGACACAAACUUGUGUUGGGAUCCAUAUGUUCUGGGGUUGAAGAAACAUAAACUAUUGAGAAACGAUAUUCUUCCUGCGAUGGCGUCAAACAGAAAGGUGCAGCGUCUACUCAGCGAGUUCAUGGAUCUUUUAUCUGAAUACGAAAACACAGAACUAGCAGAGGCUGCAACUAAGGAGUCGGCACCAACCAUAGACUGUAGUGGAGUCCCAUCUUCACUGGAUCAAAUGGAUUCUGAUCCUCCAGCAGUGACAGCUACAACUCCUUUGACAAUAGACAAUGACAAACAGGUUUCUCUGGAGACGGGUAUUAUGUGUGAGAAAUCGGGUUCUGAAGCCCAGGAAAGGCCCGACCAGAGUUUAAGAGACCCGGGUGCUUGA